GAAAACAAAGAAAAAGCUGUAACUCCAAAAGUUACCAAGACCGCCGCUGAUGGUGAAAAGAAAAAAACCAAAAGAAAGAAGUCUGAUUACACCUCUUUCUCAACUUAUAUCCACAAGUUAUUAAAACAAAUUACCCCAUCCACCGGUAAAUCUGAAAACAAGAAAUUCACCAUCUCCUCAAAAGCCAUGGCCGUUAUGAACUCAUUCGUCCACGAUAUCUUCGAACGUAUCGCCAAUGAAGCUGGUGGUUUAGCCAAAAAGAAAAAGAGACACACUCUCCACUCUCGUGAUAUCCAAGUUGCUGUUCGUAUCAUUUUAACUGGUGAACUUGCCAAACACGCUAUUCUUCAAGGUAUGACUGCUGUCAACAAAUACCAUCCACAAUCAUCAGAA